UAUUCCCAUUAAAGAGGAUUCGUAUAUCUUAAUAUGUAUGUAGGUAGGUAUAUAUAAGACAUGUCCAGGCACCAAGAUUUCUAGACCCUGAUCCCCAAGGUCAAAGUGUUUCUAUUUAGAUUCAUUGUGCGAUCAACACAUUCCUACACAUAACUGCACCAGGUGUGCGUGCUAAACUUAGUAACCCUGGAGGGCAUUCAUUCUUCUUUUAUACUGCAAUACUGCUACUGUCAACUCAAGAACAGCUUUGUCUAAGCUCGAAGCAUUUAUACCAAUCCACAAACACACACACAUGCACAUACAUACUCUCUGAAUCGCCAAAUAGCUUGUUGCUGUCCUAAACCCCCGCUUAGCAGAGGAACAUACACAUCACAAGUCCUAUAAAUCUUUUACAUCAACCUCGGCCAUCCUCAAGCCAAUAUGCCUCGAGGUCCAUCCCCCGCGCCGCUGAAGCUUAGGAGCUCCGACGAAUCCUCACGUCGUCGCCCAGGUAGCAUUAGCUCCUCCAUCUCAGACCAACAGAUGUCCAAAGUUGGCAAACUACGAUGCUUUAUUGCCGAGCUCAAGGCUAAUGAGGGGCAGGAGUCUCCUAAGAGCAGCACGUUCGAAGAUUACCGCAAGGAAUUGGGCGGUCACACCUCGACGAGCCGCAAGAAGUCCUGCUCGGUUUCAAAGCCACACUCGCCGACCGUGAAUGUGUACACACACUGUGGUCGGCACUCAGACCAGUACUUGUUUGGCGGCUGGUCCAACAUCGUCAAGUCUACCUUCAAGAAGGAAUAAACGAUAGACACCUUUACGACUUGGAGUUGAUCUUCAAGAUUAUCUACCUACCUACUCUUGCCUGGGUACAGAUUAGGUAUGCAAUGAAUGGCCUGCUGCUUGACGACUUCAAGGCGGCCUUUAUGCUGAGACUACGAGAUUGGAAGUAAUACUGUA